UUGAUUAUUAUGUUGGAAUUGUUAUUUUGAGACCGUUUUGAGGGGUUGGCUCAGGGCUCAUUAAUUGCUAGCUGUUAUCAUUAUGUUAUUUUUCAAAGGCCAUUGCAAAUACUUCCUUCUUUAGGAAGCCUUCCUGAACGAUAUCUUAAGGACUAAUGACUGAAAGAUGCUCUUCCUCCUUUGAUCCCCAAAGUAGUAACUACACCUAUCAUGGCUUUUCUGGCUUCUUGCCUUGGGAUAGAGAUGCCUGAGACCCCAUUAUCCCUAAAUUCAAAGAAGCUGUAAAUGCCUUUAAGGCAAAAAGGACAUGGACAUCCCCCAAGGGUCUGAAGUGCAACCCAUUCUGGUGUAUUUAAUGGGUAUCUUUUUGUUUCUAUGUGUCUUUGCAAGUCUGUGUUGUUUGAUGUAAAUGCAUUUGUAAUAUUUUUAUUGAUAUUGUCAUCUAGGUCCUAUUUGGUUUGGUUAUUUACUUUUUCUGCCUAGCACUAGGUGUUUAAAUCCAUGUUGCCACGAAUACAUGGGGUCCCUUGCUUUGAGUGCUGCACAGCGUCACAUUUUAUCUAUCCGCUCUCACAAGAAAGGGCGCUUAGAUUGUCUCCAACUCCUAGCAACCAUAGCAACACAGCAACCAACAUCCUCCUACAUGUCCCUUUAUGGGCCUGCAAGAGAAUUUCAGAGAUCUCUAUCAAGGAGCUGGAUUUUAGGGUUCUCCCAUAAUUUCCCUCAUUACUGCCAGACUGUUUUCCAGAUUGACAGCCACAGGCUACUCACGCCAGCUCGACAGCUCCAUAUUCUCCACCGACAUUUGACAUUAUUCAACUUUCUAAUUUUUGCCAGUCUUAAUGGGUGUAAGUGAUACCUCAUUGUCAUCUUUCUGAACACUGAAAAAUCUCUUCAUAUGCUUGCAGAGCUGCUGAGGUUGUGGUUCCUUAAACGCCAGCUCACAUCCUGGGGUUUGACUUUCUGCGCCUGAGGCGGCGGGCCCAAGGCUCAUCCCUCCGAGUCCUGAGAGGCGCGAGGAGGGUGAGCCUGCUAGAUGCCUUGUGCGCAUCUAUCUCCAGGGCUGGGGAGGCUGGGCGAACUCCUGGGGAGGAGACUGGGUCAGGGGCCCCUGCGGAACUCGGCGUGGUCCCGACCCGCAGGCUUCGGGCGCGGAGCAGUGGGCAGGUUAAGGGAGCAGGAGGAGGGACCUGCAUCCUGGUCCGGGACUGGGGUGGCCGCUGCAUCUGCGUUCCUAGAAGGCGGGGCGUGGGAUCUGGCGGAGCGACCGCCCCCUCCUCUCGGCUCUCCCGGCCCAGCCCCAGCGGACGCGCACCUCGCACCCGGGCGCCAGCGCGCGCAGGGGCUGCGGAACGGCGGGAUGCAGGAGGACCUGGCGUGGGAGACCGACGGCCUGCUUCCUCUGGAGAGGCAGCUCCACGAGGCCGCCCGCCAGAACAACGUCAGCAGGAUGCAGGAGCUGAUUGGGAGGAGGGUUAACACCAGGGCCAGAAACCACGUGGGCAGGGUGGCCUUGCACUGGGCUGCAGGUGCGGGACACGAGCAGGCUGUGCGUCUGCUUCUGGAGCACGAGGCUGCUGUGGACGAGGAGGAUGCGGUAGGGGCCCUCACAGAGUUUGGGAUGAACGCGCUUCUCCUGUCUGCCUGGUUCGGCCACUUACGAAUCCUCCAGAUCCUGGUAAACUCGGGGGCCAAGAUCCACUGUAAGAGCAAGGAUGGCCUGACCUUACUGCACUGCGCAGCCCAAAAAGGCCACGUGCCUGUGCUGGCGUUCAUAAUGGAAGACCUGGAGGAUGUGGCCCUGGACCACGUAGACAAGCUGGGGAGGACGGCGUUUCACCGGGCAGCUGAGCACGGGCAGCUGGAUGCUCUGGAUUUCCUCGUGGGCUCUGGCUGUGACCACAGUGUCAAAGACAAGGAGGGGAACACGGCCCUUCAUCUGGCUGCUGGUCGCGGCCAUAUGGCUGUGCUGCAGCGACUUGUGGAUAUCGGGCUGGACCUGGAGGAGCAGAAUGCGGAAGGUCUGACUGCCCUGCAUGCAGCUGCUGGAGGGACCCACCCUGACUGUGUGCGGCUCCUCCUCAGGGCUGGGAGCACCGUGAAUGCGCUCACCCAGAAUGUCAUGCUGCAGGGUCUCGGAGGAGGUGCCAAGCCCACGGUGACUGCAUUUCCCACUGGGAGAUGGACUGAGUCCCACACACCACAGAAAAACCUAAGCUGCCUUCACUAUGCAGCCCUCAGUGGCUCGGAGGAUGUGUCUCGGGUCCUCAUCCAUGCAGGAGGCUGCACCAACGUGGCUGAUCAUCAGGGUGCCUCUCCUCUGCACCUCGCUGUGAUGCACAACUUCCCUGCCUUGGUCCAGCUCCUCAUCAACUCUGACAGUGACUUGAAUGCCAUGGACAACAGGCAGCAGACGCCCCUUCACCUGGCUGCAGAGCACGCCUGGCAGGACAUAGCAGAGAUGCUCCUCAUUGCUGGGGUUGACUUAAACCUGAGAGAUAAGCAGGGAAAAACCGCCCUGGCAGUGGCCGCCCGCAGCAACCAUGUCAGCCUGGUGGACAUGAUCAUAAAAGCUGAUCGUUUCUACAAAUGGGAGAAGGACCACCUUUCAUGCAGGGACCUCAGUGACCCCUCUGGGAAGAGCUUGUCCUUUAAGCAGGACCAUCGGCAGGAAACACAGCAUCUCCGUUCUGUGUUGUGGCGGCUGGCCUCCAGGCAUCUGCAGCCCCGUGAGUGGAAGAAGCUGGCAUAUUCCUGGGAUUUCACGGAGGCGCAUGUCUACGCCAUCGAGCAACAGUGGACAGGCACCAGGAGCUAUCAGGAGCACGGUCACCGAAUGCUGCUCAUUUGGCUGCAUGGCGUCUCCACAGCUGAAAACAUCAGGAAGAAAGCAAACGCAGCCCCAAGUGCCCCCAGGAGGUGCACAGCCAUGUAACGGGGGGGCCAGACCUUCAGGCACGUGGGACCUCAGCGUGUGGAGCCACCUGAAGAGAAGAUGACCAUCAUUUAAGGGCUUUUUAAAAAAUCACUGUUAAUGGACCUCCAACUGAUUCUACUGAAAUGCAGUCAUGCAGAGCCCAGCAGGCAAAUGUUUGUACAAUGAUCUUUUUCAUGAGGAUGGGUCCAAGGGCCUGUUUCGGGUUUUGUGGGUAAUCCCGUCCCACAGGUAUGGUCCUUUGGAGCUCUUGGAGUUCUUGGCACACUUUCUUCUUCUUCUUCUUCCUUUUUCUUUUUUCUUUUGAGACAGAGUCUCAUUCUGUCGCCAGGCUGGAGUGCCGUGGUGCGAUCUUGGCUUACUGCAACCCCCGCCUCCCAGGUUCACGCCAUUCUUCUGCCUCAGCCUCCCGAGUAGCUGGGACUACAGGCGCCCGCCACCACACCCGGCUAAUUUUUUUAGUAAAGACGGGGUUUCACCGUGUUAGCCAGGAUGGUCUCGAUCUCCUGACCUCGUGAUCUUCCCCAGGGAUGGGGCGUUCCAUCUUCUGCCCUGUUCGGGAGAGUAGCUGCUUGCCACCUGAGGCUUCGUGCACCUGAAAUGUUGGCUAGAGGGACUGAGAAGCUGAAAUUUCUUAUUUCUCAUUAUUUGAAAUUGUAGGCACCCAUGGCAAGUGGCAUCCAUGGUGCUUGGCUUUGAGGUGCCAGGCAAGCACAGCUUGUUGUGGGGCUCGGCUACACCAGCAGGGGGAUGUGUUUCUGGGGAAAUGUGGCUCUGGAAGCUUCACGGUUUCCUAGAAUGUGGAAAAUAUAUCUGCGCAGGAUAGAAAUCCUGCCCAGAGGCUGUUUCUGUCUCAUUUGAGCUCUCUUUCAUGUGGCAGAGCUGGCUGUGGCCAGUGUAGGAGCCUACAUUUGAGAAAAGCUUAUCUCAAAGUUCUGCAUUGAGCCUGAGACUGGAAAGGAGAUAGAAUAAAACAGCUGACAGGGGCUUUGGCGGUCACACAUGCCUGAUGGGGUGCACAGGGCCACCGUCUCUGAAAGGUAAUUUGGCAUUAUCCAUCCACAAUAUACUUUUAUCCAUUGGUCCAGCAAUCCUAGUCCUAGGAAUUUGUCCUACAUAUAAACCUGUAUGCAUACAAAAAUGACAGACAUACAAGGUUAUUACUUUGAAAAAGCAAAAGAUUGGAAACAAACCAAGUGACUGGCUACAGGGGACUGGUGAAAUAGAAUAUGUUCCAUCCACACAAUGGAAUUCUGUUCAGCAGUAAAAGGAUGAGGAUGCUUUCCACGUGUUGUUAUGGAAAGAGCUCCAGGAUAAAUUAAAUGGAAAAAAAAAAAAAAAAAAAAAA